GAGUCGAGUCACAGUUGUGUUCGUUAGCCGCGGAUUGUUGCUGCUGCUGCUGCUGCUGCUGUAACCCAGGGGGAGAAAAAUAAUGGUUGUUCGUUUAUUUUCAUCUAACAUUUCCCCGCAUCGACAGGGGAGGUGAGACCAGGCCGACAUGGCGACUAAAAGGCUGAGACGAGCCGGAGUUUCCCCGGAAAUCUGCGAGCGGCUCCAGCGGCAGCACAUAGAGAGCUGCAAGGAUCUGUUGUCUCUGACUCCUCUGGAAGUGAUGAGCACCACAGGGCUGAGCCACCAAAAUGCCUUAAUGCUGCUGCAGACGGUCAGCAAAGCCAUCGCACCUCCAGUCACCACGGCCCUGGAGUUGUGGAAGCAAAACGCAGUGUCCUGUUUUCCUACGUCGUUGUCGGCGCUGGACAAACUCCUUCGAGGAGGUCUGCCCUGCGGGACGAUCACAGAGGUGACGGGGCCGUCCGGAUGCGGGAAAACCCAGAUGUGUCUGAUGCUCAGUGUCUUGGCCACGCUACCCAGGAGCAUGGGCGGCCUGGACAGCAGUGUGAUCUACAUCGACACAGAGUCCGCUUUCUCCGCUGAGAGGUUGGUGGAAAUCGCCCAGAGCCGGUUCCCAGACUACUUCUGUUCCAAAGAGAAGGUUCUGCACAUGGCCGGGCGGGUUCACCUGUUCAGGGAGCUCACCUGUCAGGACGUCCUGAACAGGUUGGAGAAACUGGAGGAGGACAUCAUCUCUAACGCCGCAGGCCUGGUCAUCGUGGACUCGGUGGCUUCGGUGGUGCGGAAGGAGUUUGACACGACGCUGCCCGGGAACCUGAUCCACCGCAGCAACCUGCUGGGCCAGGAGGCGUCCACCCUCAAAUACCUGGCUCACGAGUUUCAGAUCCCUGUGGUCCUGACCAACCAGAUCACAACUCAUAUUGGGGAAAGAGGAUCUGCUCCACCUGGUGAGAUGGAUUCUGGGUUUGUGGUGGCAGCCCUUGGGAAUACGUGGAGCCACAGCGUCAACACGCGUCUGAUUGUCCAGUAUGUGGGGACACACCAGAGACAGAUAUUGAUAGCCAAGUCACCUGUGGCUCCAUUCUCUGUACUGAACUAUACCAUCCAGAAAGAGGGCAUCUGCUUAAGCGGAAACGACAGUCAGGACACCUUGUACGAGGGCACAGACUCCGGCCUGCAGCCAAUCAGAGUGCGGACGGGAUUCAACUACAACCUGACCAAAUCCACGGACCAGACGCUCCCCUGACUCUGCAAGGCGUGUGUGUGUGCACAGAACAAAAUUCGCCACAGAGGCCAUGAUAUGAAACCAGAUUCAGCAGCAUCGAGUUAGACGCAGACUUCAGGAUCAACACUGAUUGUGUGUCGGCGUCAGACAACACGGGUUUGGAAGACAGACGUUUUUAUUAAAAUUUUUGAAACUGAACUUGCCAAUAUUUUCUGUAAAUACGUUCUUAAUUUUUUCCAUUUUUGUGCCAAAAAAGUUGUUUCAUUCGUCCCCAGAGGUUUGAUCAUGGUAAGCCCACGUCUCCUGCACGUUUCAGAGAGAUUUACGUUUCCUGGCCAGCAAACAUCAAGUUAAGCUCCAUCCUCUGCACACAGUGGACUGUACACACUGCAAAAACUCAAAAUCUUACCAAGAUUAUUUGUCUUAUUUCAAGUCAAAAAUGUCUUAUUCCUAGUCAAAAUAUCUCAUUACACUUAAAAUAAGACAUGAUCACCUC